GUCCUUAUUUAAAAGCCUUUUUCAUUCCAACCGGAGAACUUUUGGCUAGUAGUUUAGUUUUGGAAUUUUGGCGGAUACAUAGAAUUGUACCAGCUAAAAGUAUAGAAAAGACAUAUAAAGAUGGCCAAAAUUUGUCAAAUAUAAUUACGGAGGAAAAAAGAUUGUUGGCAAUAUAUGGAUCGAAGACAAUUCAUCUUGUUGAAGCCAUUAUUAAAUACGAUUCAGAAAAAGCAAUACAACCAAGUUGUACAUUCAAUAUAGCCUCAAAGUUACCACCUUUAAGAGAUUGGAUACAUGAUGCACGGUGGUUAUAUGACGAUUCUAACACCUCCAUAAUUCAAGAGAUAUCUUCUCAUCAAUCAACAUCCAAUCUCUCAAUCGAAAAAUUAAAUAAUCCAUCAGAAUUAGCUGUUGCAUUUGCACACAACUUUGUGGAGAUAUGGAAUGUUCAACAAAUAUGCUGUGUUUAUUCAAUUAAAUGUGAAGAUCUUUGUAUAUUAUGUUCAGCAAGAUUUUUUGGUAAUACAAGGGAUAGCUUGAUAUUAGCAUCAGGAACAGCUUUUAGCCAAGUGAUUAUAUGGAAAAUUGCACAAAAAAAUGAGGAGGGUAGAGGUAUUGUCUUUAAGAGACUAAUCGGCCACGAGGGAUCUGUCUUUGGUGUGAGGUUUAAUGACGAUGGCAAUGUUAUCGCAUCAGUAUCCGAUGAUAGAACUAUCCGUAUUUGGAAGAUUACAGACGACAAUCUUAAACCUUUAGUUCUGUAUGGGCAUAUGGCACGCGUAUGGGAUUGUCUUAUAUUAGACGACCAUCUUAUUAGUAUUUCUGAGGAUUCGACAUGCCGUGUUUGGCAUAACAGAAUUAGCAGAAGUGUCAAUGUUGAUGACAUAAGCGAUGUCGACUGUCUUGCAUGUUGGGAAGGUCAUGUUGGUAAAAAUAUUUGGAGCUUAGCGAUUAAUCCAUCAAAAACAAUUGUGGCAACGGGAGGUGGAGAUUCUGGUAUUCGUUUGUGGUCUUUAUCAUCCGUGACAAAUAAUAAAAUAGGUGUUUAUGUUGUCAAAUUUGAAAAAUAUAAUUUUAUAAUAUUUAACCUAAGGUUAUAUCUAUGUAUAGAUUCAGAAAAAGAUUUAAUUAAGGUUACACUACCAUCUGUUGAUACCUAUAUCCAAUUAAAUGAAAGCAGUCAAAUUCCUUUGCCAUCAAGAGAGCACAUUCGUAAUUUUGUUCUUAUAGAUUAUUGUACAAUUGUAACUGCUACAAAUUUUGGAUGCUUGUUAAAACAUAAUCACAUCACUAAUGAAUGGACAUCUUUAAACAACUCGACUAAUUUACAAAAUUAUACAAUGAUGAAAGCUUCAAAAUGUGGAAGGAUAGUAUGCUGUGGGAGUAUUGAUGGACAUGUAUAUGUUGUUAGUGUAAAUAAGGAAUUUAAGACUAUAAAGAAGAAAUUGCAUGAAUUUAAGGUGUUUGAAAUAUUUUUUGAAGAAUCUUCAGAUCCUGAUAUUAUUUAUGUAAUAUCACAUGCAGUUUAUAAUGAUAUAUAUAUUCUUAAGCUGGAAUUAAAUUGUAAAAGUGACAAUAUUCCUAAAUUUGAAAUAUACCAUAAACUACUUGUUCCACAAAAUUUCCUACUUAUGUCUCUAGCAUUCUGUCCACGUUAUAACCUUCUAGUAUGUGGAUCACGAGAAAGCGGGUUAAUAAUAUUUAGCAUGGCACAUAACACUAUAGAUAGGAAACUUGAUAAGUCCACAAUUGAAUUGUCACCAGCUAUUUAUUUAAAGGAUACACAUAGAAAACAAGCAGUAACUUCGGUUGCAAUAAAAUUGGAUAGUUUAGAGAGUAAUAACGGAGAUGGUUUACUGAAUAUAUACACUUCCGGAAGGGAUGGUGGGUAUGUAAAAUAUAGGUUGAGAAGUUUGCCAAUAACUGGUAAAUUUUAUAAUAAUUCUGAGGACGGCUCUAAGAUAACGGAAAGUUGUUAUAAUGGUGAUUAUUUACUAGGAAAGGUAAUGUUUGUAGAUGAUGAAUUGAUAUUGUUAGGAUUUUUCAAGAAGCGAUUUUUUGUAUAUAAUGAUACAAAAAAAUUUGAGAUGCUUUCAAUUGCGUGUGGUGGUGCCCAUCGAGUUUGGCAUUUUAAAACUCAAGAUAAACGGAUGAAUAAAGCUAGUUUUAUGUUUAUCCGUAAGGAGAAUGUAUUUAUUUACUCAAGAGAAACCACGACUACAAACGAUGGAUUUAACGAAUAUAAAUUGCAAGAAAAUUUUCACGGGAAAGAAUGUAGAAAUGUUAGAUUUUUACCGUAUCCUCCAAAAAUUUCGCAUAAUUACCAUUUGUUCAAAAGCGAUUCAAUUAUAUUUGCAACUGGGGCUGAGGAUAGUUUGUUAAGGUUAUUUCAGUAUAUACCUGAUGAGAAAGAAAAUCACUUGUUUAGCUUGUGCAGUAUUAAAAAACAUAGUUCAGUGAUUAAGAACAUAGAAUGGAGUUUUGGUAAUGAACUAUUAUUAUUCUCAUGUGGUGCAAGUGAAGAACUGACGUGUUGGAAAAUUGAAAUUAACUCUUCACAUGAUCAAAAAGAGACUUCAUCACAAACACCCUUUGUCAAUAUAAAUUGCCUAGAAUGGGCAUCUUGUCCUGCAGUCAGCGAAGUUCUAGAAACCAGAAUAAUGGAUACAAGUAUUUGUCCAAUUAGUACAAAUAAUGAAUAUCAUAUUAUUGCAGCUGUAUAUUCUGAUUCUGUAUUAAGGAUUUGGCUAUUUGACGAAAAGAAAAGAAAUUUCUUUUUGAUUGGAACGUCUAAAUUUCACAAUAAAUGCAUUUUACAAGUAGAAAAUGUGAUUAUUAAAGCAAAAGAAUCAAUGAACGAAGAUGGCAUACUAUUAUUCACGUCAGCAACCGAUGGCAGGAUUGCUGUAUGGGACAUUUCGCGUUACAUUCACAGCUAUUUAGUUUCAUAUGCCACCGAAGUAAACUUCCCACAUCAUACUCCAUACGAUCUAGGCACGCCAAUUUUCUCGUACCAAGCACACCAAUCCGGAGUAAAUUGUCUCGCACUUCAGCAUUUGAUCAAUUCUGCUACUUCUAACUUAGUAAAAGAAUUAUAUAUGGUUGUAACUGGUGGUGAAGAUAAUGCUAUAGCUGCUAUGAUUUUGGAAUUUACAUAUCAUGAAUUUAAAGGAACGAAUAGUGAUACGAAAUGUGGCAAAUGGACUGCGGAACAAAGUAUAAAUGAUAUUUUGAAAAUGGAGUUUGCACAUGGAUCAUCCAUUCAAGGUAUAAACAUCAUAGAUGAUUCGACAAUCCUUAGUACAUCAAUUGAUCAGCGAUUAAAUUUAUGGAACAUUACGUUUAAAAAUUUAGAAAGUAAAUUUGAAUUGAUUAAAUCGGAAUUUAUUGAUGUUUGCGAUCCAUCUUGUAUGGAUGUUUUAAGAUUUAAUGAUGGAAAUGAUAAAAAUGAUAAAUUGAUGAUAGCUAUUAGUGGGGUUGGAAUAGAGUUGUUUCAGAUUAAUUUAUAA